AUGGGUAAAACCCAGUCAUUCAUUCACCUAAGGCCAGCUGAUCUUCUACAAAAGACAGCUGGCAGAUCGACUCUACAAACUACAGCGGCAAGCCAUGCUGCUUCGAAAGAAACAAAACCUCAUAUGUUAAGGGUUCAUUUGAACAAAUAUCCUGGUUUCAUCGGGCAUGCGACUUCAAGGAUUAAUAGACUAUACAACGAGGAUUCUUAUUCUAUGAAUAUUCUGAAGUUGCCAACAACUAUAGCCGAAAGCUCGUUGUUAAACUCAAAAAAAUCGAUCGCUACUAAGAUGAAACUUUGGAAAGAAUUACCUCCCCAGAGAAACGUUUUGAAUAUUUCUAUAUUUGACGGUCAUGGAGGAGAUCGUGUCUCUAAGAUGCUGGCUUCAGGUUUGCACGAUCAUAUAACAGCUAUGGUCCCCAUCAGACAAGAGUUUGACGCUGUAUUAAAAAAAUAUCAGGACUUAGUGGGGGGGAAGUACUGGUCGAGGAUAUACAAAGGUAGAAAGGAGUACUAUGAGAGGUAUAUCAAAAAAUGUAACACUAAAGUGGAGCAAGUCCUACUCACGGACGGUGUAGCGCCAAAAAAUGGGGCAAGAAUGAUCUUUGACAAAUGGGGAAACAUUAUUGACAAGACAAGCUUGUUGAGUGAAUACGAACGUUUACGUUUGUACAUAUCCUACCUCAAUUAUGACUUAAAUGAAAUAUGUGGAUUUUCUUCGGAUUUAGAACCAGAAGAAGCAAUGAAAAUAUUCACUGGUGGCUCGACUGCUUCAAGCCUUUUUUUAACCUCUUAUAAUGAAGAAGAAUGUUACGAUGAAUCAUUUUUCAUUGCACCACAGGGCUUACUAAAACUGGCUGUAACUCAAAUCGGUGACACUAAAAUUAUACUUUGUGACAAGAAUGGUAUUGCUCAUUCUUUGGCUAAAGUUCAUCAUCCUUCAUCAAGUAGAGAGUCCAGAAGACUUGGAGGUCAAUUCCAAACUGACUCCUUCGGUGAUACUAGAUUUUUGAACAAUUUUGCAAAUACACGAUCCUUUGGCGAUCGGAUCGGAAAACGUGAUGGUCUAACGUGCGAGCCGGACAUUUAUUCGUACCUCAUUGGACCAACCAAAAUGUUACCACAUGCUGAAAGAUCAAAAUUGCAGUUCGGUGGUGAUGAAUGUUUCUUAUGUUUAGUGACAGACGGAGUAACUGAAUUGAUGAGCGAUCAAGAACUCUGUGAUCUCAUCACCUCCACAGUGAACAAUAGAGGUUUGAAAACUGCUUCUCCACACUUCUGUGCUCAGGAAGUUUUACAAUAUGUUAUGGCUAUUAGCUCUAAACAUUCUGAUAAUGCUACUUGCGUAAUUCUGCGGUUACCGAACUGGGGAAAUUGGCCUGUCAUUGAUCGCACUGGUGCGAUUAGAGAGGAAAAGCUACUAAGUGGUGUAUCCGGUGGAGAAAGAUCUAGUGGUUGA